AAUAUCAUUUCCAUGAUAAUCUAACUAUAUUACAUUGAAUUGUAUCUUGCGGAAACAGGGAAUAAGUCUUUUUUAGCGUGAUUGCUCUACUGUUAACAUGGGUAAGCCACGAGGUCUUCGCACUGCGAGAAAACACGUGAAUCAUCGACGUGAGCAACGUUGGAAUGAUAAAGACUACAAAAAAGCUCACUUAGGAACUCGUUGGAAGGCCAAUCCUUUCGGAGGAGCUUCUCAUGCAAAAGGAAUUGUUUUGGAAAAAGUGGGAGUUGAAGCUAAGCAGCCUAAUUCCGCUAUUCGCAAAUGUGUUCGAGUGCAGUUAAUUAAAAAUGGCAAAAAAAUAACAGCUUUUGUACCUCGCGAUGGUUGUCUCAACAACAUCGAAGAAAACGACGAAGUUUUAGUCGCUGGAUUCGGACGUAAAGGUCACGCUGUUGGAGAUAUUCCUGGAGUUAGGUUUAAAGUUAUUAAAGUAGCGAAUGUAUCACUACUUGCUUUGUACAAGGAAAAGAAAGAACGCCCAAGGUCGUAGGAAACAAAAUGUAUUUCUACUUAUUCUAAAUAAUAAUUUCCAAUAAAAAUA